AGCACAAGAUAAAGUAUAUUAACUUUAAAUAUAUCAACCUGUAUUUUAGUUAACAAAAGUUAUAAAUAGUUUAUUUAUACCAACAUGUAGUAAAGUAGUACAGUGAGUUCACAUAGUAGAAAAACAUCUUUGGAGUUUGGCCUAUCCAUUUUUGAUUUUUUCUCAUCAUUCUUUGGAUGUUCUUAUAAACCCCAUCAAGCUCUUCUACAUCAAACACACUCUCUCACUCUCUCUCUCUCUCACACACACACUCACUCUCUCUCUCUCUCUCUCUCACAUACACACACAUUCUUUUUUUUUCUCUCUCUCUAGAACACACAUGUGCAUAGUUUUAAUUUCUCAUAUAUCUCAAAGCAGACUGUGAUUCAUGGGUGUGAUCUCUCUAUACCAUCACAUGACUGUAAUUCUAAUCACUUGCUUUUUUAGGCACAAGCCCCAUCUCCCAAUGAUCAUCUAACUUUUACCCAUUAAAAAUAUAGUCAAAAAAGGAAUUUUCCAAUUUAGUAAUAAAGCAAUGGAAGGUGGAAUUGUGUUUGAAUCUUUGCUCCAAAAUCAAACAUUUAAUUUUUCUUCUGAUGGGUUUGAUUCUUCAUGGGUUUCCAACUCCUUUCAUGGAGAACAAACAAAUGCAAAGAAGUCAGUUGUUUCAGGGCAAAAUGAGAAGGAAGAAAACUCAGAUGAGGACUAUGACAACUGUUUCAGGCAACCGGAGAAGAAAAGAAGGUUAACAACCGAUCAAGUUCAGUUUCUUGAAAAGAGUUUUGAUGAGAACAAUAAGCUUGAACCAGAGAGGAAAGUUCACCUUGCAAAAGAGCUUAAUUUGCAGCCAAGACAAGUUGCAAUCUGGUUUCAAAACCGUAGGGCUAGAUGCAAGACAAAACAACUUGAAAAAGAUUAUGAGCUUUUGAACUCUAGCUAUGAAAAACUCAAAUCUGAGUUUGAGUGUCUCCAAGAACACAAUGACAAGUUGAAACAAGAGGUUGAAAUGCUCAAAGAAAAGUUGGAUGUAAAGGGGAUAGGGGAAAAAGAUUUAAUCCCAAAUGAGUUCCCCACAAAAGAAAUGGAUUCAAAUGAUCAAGAACCAACUCAAAAUACAAUUUCCAUUCAAACUUGGACCCAUGAGCCAAAAAUGGUGAUAUGCAAGCAAGAGUAUGCGAAUUCAGUUUCGACGAAAAGUGACAUAAUCGAUUCGUGUAGUCCGGAUGGGAACCAUUCUUCAUUUCUAGAGCCUUGUGAUUCGUCGAAUGUGUUUGAAAAUCAGUCGGAUUUUUCGCAAGACGAAGAGGAUAAUUUGGCCAUUCUUAGGUGUCCAAAGGUUGAAUACGAGUCCUAUAUCGACUCGAAUGAGGGUUCUUUAGGAUACCCUAUUGAAGAUCAACCCUUUUGGAUUUGGCCCUAAAGUUAUCUAUGAGUGAAGGGUGUUUGAUCAAGAUUCCUAUUGAGGGUUAUGUAGGGUAAGUGGGUAACCUAUUGUAGAAUGUAGAUCAACCCUUUUGGUAAGUGGGUAACCAUUUGUAGAUCAACCCUUUUGGUUUGUGCCUCAAAGUUCCCUUUGGGUGAAAGAAUUCAUGAUCAAGAUUUUGAAUUGAGGGUUCUCUGGUUCAAAAACAUCCUUUUGGUUGUUUCCUUAAAAGGUCUCUACUUGUGAUCAAAAUUCCAUGAAACUUCUAGGCAUUGAUCAAUCCUUUGCUUGUAUUUAGAGAUAGAUGCCAAUAAAAAAUAGUUCUUUUUCUGAAAUUUGUCACUCUGUUCUUGUAUAAUGAACUAUGGUAAAAGACCCUUGUGAAUA